AUGCCGCCUGCCCAUCCAUCCGUCCGUCCGUCCGUCUGUCUGAUGGAGGGCCAGGUGUGGGGCAGCAGCCCCUGCGCCUUAGGGGGCCGGCUGCCCGGGCAGGACCUCUGGACGGAGCCCACGUCCUCUGCCAGCCUGUUCUCUGGGUCUCCCCCGCCCGGCCUGGGGUCCUGCGUGGGCCCGUCGGGGAACGACCAGCCAGGGCCCGAGGACAAGCAGGAAGGGUUGGAAGGGUCGGGGCUCGGGGACAAAAGCCAGCCUUGUGAUGCAUGUGGGGCCAUCCUGGGGCUUGACCCCGUCCUGGAGGGCACUUUUGGGCCCAGGGGGGCGGUCCAGGUGAGCGCCCGCCUCACUUUCCACCGGCGGCUGCGGCGGAGCAGCGUGGGGCAGGGCCCGAGGCAGGUGAGCCAGUGCUGGGCCCCAGGGGACCUGGCGGAGCACCAUGCAGACCAGAGGCUGGGGCCUGGCGCUGCGGAGGGAGCCGGGCGCGGGGACAGCGGCUCCCCCCGCGAGGCUGGGCCGCCGGGACGCGGAGCGGCCGGGCACACAGCGCGGCGCCGGCCGGGGAAGGACGCGCGGGCCGCGGCGCAGGGGUCGCCCCGCCCGCCCAGGAGUCGCCAGCAGGCCCAGGGCCCAGGCCAGUGCCCAGCCCCGCUGGGAGCCCCGGCCAGCACCACGGACGGCACCCAGGAAGCCCGAGUCCCCCUGGACGGGGCCUUCUGGAUCCCGAGGCCCCCGGCAGGCUCCCCGAAGGGCUGCUUUGCCUGCGUGUCCAAGCCCCCCGCCCUGCAGGCUCCAGCGGCCCCGGCCCCUGAGCCCUCAGCAUCCCCCCCCAUGGCGCCCACCCUGUUCCCCAUGGAAUCCAAGGGCAGCAAGACGGACAGCAUGCGGGCCUCUGGCGCCCCCCAGGCCUGCAAACACCUGGCCGAGAAGAAGACCAUGACGAACCCCACGACCGUCAUCGAAGUCUACCCAGACGCCACCGAGGUCAAUGAUUACUACCUGUGGUCCAUCUUCAACUUCGUCUACCUCAACUUCUGCUGCCUGGGCUUCAUCGCACUGGCCUACUCCCUCAAAGUUCGGGACAAGAAGCUUCUCAAUGACCUGAAUGGAGCGGUGGAAGACGCCAAGACAGCCCGGCUGUUCAACAUCACCAGCUCCGCCCUGGCCGCCUCCUGCAUCAUCCUCGUCUUCAUCUUCCUGCGGUACCCACUCACCGACUACUGAGACCCCGCCGGGCACCGCCGGCCGUGGAGACGAAGCACUGCGACGCGUUCGUUUUCGUGACUGAUGUGAUGUGGGACCCGGUGUGGUUGGGGCAGAGCAGGGCACGUGCCCUGGAGCCCCCCUGAAGCUGUGAGCCAGGCAGUGAGGCCGUCGGAAGCUCCUCGCAGUAAGGGGGCAGCGAGCUUCAGGCCGCCCACCCUCUUGGCCCCCCACCCCCCUGCCUCUGCCUGUUUCUGGGGUCCGUGGGUUUCUUCCUGUGCUGCCGCACCCUGGCUUCCAGUGGCUGCCCUCCCCGCCCUCCUGCGCCCCACUCAGGCUCCCGGGGCCCCUCUCACCCGACACCCACCAAGAAGGGCUUCUGUGGCAGCUUUCCAGUUUGGGGGGGCUGCCAGCAUCUGGGGACUCACUCUCUCCUCUCCGACCCCGCCUCCUCCAAGCCAAGACCCUGCUCAGAGCUCUUGUAUCUGUGAACUUUCAAUAAAACACCUGUCUAGCUCCA